AUGACGACUAGCGAUGAAGCCUUUUGCCACGACCACAUCGAACAUCCGUUGAUGUGGUGCGAUGAGAAAAGACGUCUCGUUGAACGCAAGAAUGCCGAGGAAAGUAUGCGUAUGUGGCGUAGGCGAAAGACCGAAGAAAUGGCCCGCAAAGAAAAGGAUAAACAGGAAUACUAUGAAUUAAUGGUUAAACACUGCCCAUGGGGAAAACCAGGUGGAGGUGCCCCAAACAUUGAUAUAAGGCGCAAGGAUAUAACAGCUGCUGGAUUACAUUCAACACAACCAAUUAGUACAACCCAUCGUUUGGCCUCACUGCCUCCCUGUCGUUUCAGUGAUUAUUUUCUCAAACACAAACGAUGCUUCGAUCCCGGUGCAGCCUAUCAUCCGCAUCACUAUCAUCAUCAUUCGGUGCCACGUCUGACCACUCACACCCAUACAGUCCAGCAUGUAUCCGAUCGUCCGGUAAUAGGUGGGGCCACCAGUAUGGUAACCUUGUGUGAUAUACCCACAACAGCUACCAGUGGAGCUGGUGGUCCAACACCUGCUGGUGGUAAGAAUGCCGAAAGUUUACAAAUCACCCUUAAAGAUCACCCCUCAAUGUCGUUUCGUAAUAAAGGUCAUGUAGACAUUGAAGUCCGUUAUAAGCCGACAGCGGCCGGUAAGGGUAAACCAAUGUUGGAGAAAAUUGUAGUCACCGAAAGUGAUAAAUGUCCAAUUGUAGAAGAGAAACGGGGCUGUGGGGCUUCAGUGGGUCCACAUGGUUUGAAGCAGAAGAAAACGUUGGAGAAAAUCGAGAAACCGGCUAGCAAAGAUCCCUGGGGUAAACCGGGUCCGGGUGGCAAACCAUGGCGUAGUCCCAAAUCGGUGGGAACGACUUUUAUGAAGUCACUGGGUUGGACCAACAAAGAAAUGCUCAAAGAAUUGGAUCAGGAUAAUCCCGUUACCCCAGCCGAAAAGCCCACAUUCCGUAAAUCCCGUGCCACACGAAAAGCCACCCGCUGUUGUGACAUGUGUACAUGUAAGUGCCCGGCCAUGACAAGUAGUCCCAUUAAACCGCUACAAAAAACUGCAGCACCUGCAAAAUCGACAAUAACAGCAGCAAAUGAAACGAAACCGAAAAUCUGUCCACGAAUGAUGCGUCAUAACAAGGCUGCUGCCACUGCUGAUACCACAACUGAUAAUA